AUGAAUCUACAUGGCGACGAGAUUCGGCUACUCCGCCUGGGAGCCAAUUCAAGCUUAUCCUUCAAACGCGUCUCACUGACCGACUCAGCUCGACCGCCCUUUGUCGCGCUGUCCUAUCUCUGGGGUGAUUUGGAUGACACUCUUCCCCUCAGUGUACCAGGCCAGACUAUUGCUGCGACUCGCAACCUUCAUCAUGUUCUAGACUGCCUUUUCGCAUCUCGCUUCGACGAGCUUCUCUGGAUCGAUGCACUGUGUAUCGACCAGCAAAACCGAGGGGAGCGCGCAUCUCAAGUGGCCAUGAUGAGGGACAUUUACUCACAUGCGCGAUACGUCCUUGCUUUUCUAUCGCCGCAAUCAGAACCCUUCAACUUGGGCCUCGACUAUAUAGAGGCGACUGCUCGUGGCACCAUGAUACACUUUGACCCUUCAAUAUCACCGCAUUUAACAGUCCAGGGCCUUAAUGCUAGCGACAAGCUGCUGCAAGACUCGAUCAUCAGCUUUUUCGCUGCUUCAUGGUGGACAAGAGUUUGGACGGUUCAGGAAUUCUUGUUAGCGAAAAAGGUCAUAUUCAGAUGCGGCAAUCGGCUCAUUGGCUCUGAGAUUGUAGGGAAAGCUUGCAGAGCUUGGAUAGAUCAUGAGAACUCGUGCUGUUGGGCUGCGCGUCGACCGAUAGAUGGUAGUGCGCACGGCUUCCUCGACAUUCCCAGUGAGAUUAACGGCGGUCUUACCAUCUACACUGCGACUCUGCGAAUGAAGCACCUCAUGGAUAUGCUUAUUCCUGGGAAGUUAUACACUGAGGACUUUCUUGCAGCGAUUUCGCUUUUUCGGGUACGGCACUGCUCCGAUCCACGGGAUAGAGCGUUCGGAUAUUUUGGACUACGGUCGCCGGGCCUAGACAUGAAGCGGGAAAUAUCUGUGAAUUACAACAUGCCUGUGGCGGAUCUUUACAAAAGCUUGGCUGUGAAAUUGAUUGAGGGGUCCCAGACACUUGAUGUUCUCAGUCAUGUACUACACGAAUCGGGGAUAAGGAAGCGGACAGAGGGAUUGCCUAGCUGGGUUCCGGACUGGGAUGCCACCAUAGAUGAUCGGUACCACCUAACGUAUGCGGAACGCACAAAUGCGAUCAGGAAUUGCUAUGCCUCUGGAAACAUGAAGCCAGAGUGGAGGAUGCAAGAUUCAGGCCAUGUGAUAACACCAGGGCUACAGAUUGCCGAAAUCCAAGAAACCGCACCUGGCUAUCGAUCCAUCAUCUCCGGUUUGACACUCGGAGGUAUAACAGUCAUCAAUGAGUGGCGUCGACUCGCUGGUCUAUCUGUUUAUUCAGAUGCAUGUCCAAUUGACAUGCCAUCUUGCAACGAACGAGAGCGUGCGUUUGAGAACGCCCUCAGUGGAGGCUUUGUGUCAAUGAAAUGGCUCAAAGGUAGUCUCGAGUAUUCAAAGGCAUACCAUGCUUGGCUGGAGUGGUUUGUGUCGUCAGAAGUAGCCUUGGCCAAGUCAUGUAAACAGGUUAUUCAAGAUUUCGAUGAGUUGAUUCGGCAGACGAGUGAACGCCGAAGAUUUAUCGUGACGAGUGAUGGACAGAUGGGUUUUGGCCCGGAAAGAUGUGAGAAGGGCGAUGUGAUUAUGAUUAUACCCGGAGGAAAGGUUCCGUAUGCUUUACGGAAGAUGGAGGACGUCAAGUGUACACUAAGACAGUAUCGACUCUUGGGGGAUGCAUUCAUCGACGGUGCGAUGGCGGGUGAGAAGAUCAGUCAUCGAUGA